CCAUGGCGGCCUGGCCCGCCGUGCCCCUCCUCAUCAACCUCGGCGGGUCGCUGCUGGGCUUCGCGGCCACGCUGACGCUGAUCCCGGCCUUCAAGGACCACUUUCUGGCCGCGCGGCUCUUCGGCGAAGACCUCAACAAGGCCUCACGGCGGCCCGUCCCCGAAGCACAGGGUGUGAUCAGCGGGGCCGUGUUCCUGAUCAUCCUCUUCUGCUUCAUCCCCGUGCCCUUCCUGAGGUGCUUCGUGGAGGAGCAGUGCGCGGCCUUCCCUCACGACGAGUUCGUGGAGCUCAUCGGUUCGCUCCUCGCCAUCUGCUGCAUGAUUUUCCUGGGCUUUGCAGAUGACGUCCUGAACCUGCGCUGGCGCCACAAGCUGCUCCUGCCUACCAUGGCCUCCCUCCCGCUGCUCAUGGUUUACUUCACCAACUUCGGGAACACGACCAUUGUGGUGCCUAAGCCCUUCCGGGUGCUGCUGGGCAUGCACUUGGACCUGGGUAUCCUCUACUACGUGUACAUGGGCAUGCUAGCAGUGUUCUGCACUAACGCCAUCAACAUUCUCGCUGGAAUUAAUGGAAUUGAAGCAGGGCAGUCUCUGGUGAUAGCUGCUUCCAUUAUCGUAUUCAACAUUGUAGAGUUAAAUGGGGAUUAUCGAGAUGAUCACAUCUUUUCUCUCUACUUCAUGAUUCCCUUUUUUUUUACCACGCUGGGGCUGUUUUACCACAACUGGUACCCUUCUCGAGUGUUUGUCGGGGACACCUUCUGCUACUUUGCCGGCAUGACCUUCGCCGUGGUGGGGAUCUUGGGGCACUUCAGCAAAACAAUGCUGCUUUUUUUCAUCCCGCAAGUGCUCAACUUCCUCUACUCUUUGCCUCAACUCUUCCACGUCAUUCCUUGUCCCCGUCACCGGCUGCCGAGGCUCAAUCCUAGUACAGGGAAGUUGGAGAUGAGCUACUCCAAAUUCAAAACUAAGAGCCUCUCUGCCCUGGGAAUAAACAUUCUGAAGGCAGUCAAGAUCUUGCACGUAGUAGAUGUGAGGAGCGGAACGGAUGAAGAUGGCGAAUACACCGAGUGCAAUAAUAUGACACUGAUUAACUUUGUUAUAAAGCUGAUUGGACCCACCCACGAGCGAAGUCUCACUCUCCUGUUGCUACUCAUUCAGGUCCUGGGCAGCACGAUUGCAUUUUCAGUCCGGUACCAACUAGUGCGCUUGUUUUACGAUGUCUGACUGGGCUGUUGGGAGCAGGGGAAAGAGUUGUACCUGCCAGUCAGUUUUCGCUAAUUGCUGACGAAAUGAUUCAACUGAUCUUACUCCGGCCCUCCAAGAACCUCAGGACACCUGUCAAAAUGCAAGCAACUACACUGCGUGGGCCAGUCUUGAACCGUCAUCGUCUUUUUUUGUGCAUAGGAGGCUUUUGUCCGAUUCUGCUGACAGAAAAGAUUCAGUGCUACUUGGACAUCGUUGUUCCUGGGAGUACAUGACCCAAAAGACCUCACAGCACUUAGGGAAAGCGGGAAAGAUUAAAUCUCUAUACAUCUAACAAGCAUGUUACCGUCUCCCGAGAGAGAAAACGGGAACUUCAGUUUCUGUGAGACUCUCUACAGCAGAACAAGUAAACCAGAAUCCUCUCCUGGCUUCUCCAAUGCUGUCUUUGGUCCACGGACAUAGAGUGACAUGUUAUAAAUCAUACCCAAAACUCAGAGCACUCUGAGAAUAAAAUAACUCGUGGUACCCUUUCCCCUUCAGUGC